CCGAGACGUGCUGAUAAUUCGAACCGCGUAUCGCACAUACACGGUGAGUCCAGCGCACACAGAGAUGAAGCCGCCAUAGCCCCAAAAGAGUUCCUAAAACUCGGAUGGUCAUAUAUGAUGGCUGACAGAUGGCUAUGGGAGAAGCUAAAGUGCGAACCACAAGACUGACUCUCUUUCUUCACCACCAAACGAUAGACGGCUACCGAUAUAUCGAUCAUCAGAAAUUUUAGGGAACUCUGACAGGUUCAAAAUGAGCUCUAGCGCAAAGGGAGUAACCGAGCUUUUUGACCUCUUAGAGUCCAACAAGCUCGGAGCCGUGGAAGAGAUGAAGAAAGUAUUUCACGAUCAUUUCCUAAUUACUAAAGAUAACUGGCUUGUGAAUGGACUAUUCGAUUAUUACCUCUCAACAAACUCCCUCCGAGCCAUCGAGGUAUUGGUGGGAGUCCGAGAACCUCAUGAUAAGCAUCUGCUGGACCGGCUAGCGGAGGCACUAACUAAACAUACUAGCAAUGGGCAAAAUCAGCGGGUACAAGCUCUAACACUUCUAAGCCACGUAGUACGAAGGCAUCCUACUUGGCUGUACAAACUCCCCAAUCAUUGCCUCUUCGAUCGACUACUAAAGCUUCUCAAGACCGAUGGGGAGAUUUUACCACUACUGAGUGCCCUGCUUUUGCUGGUAACGUUACUGCCCAUGCUGCCGGCGUAUCUAAAUCCAUUCCUCAAUGAUAUCUUCGAAGUCUUCGCUAGAUUAGCCUCCUACCACCAUCAACUAUCAUCCCAGGCUUCAUUGGCAACUUCUGCUUCACCUUCCGUAGAAAUGGAGAGAGACAGACUAUAUAUUUUUCAUCUACAGGUCGGAUUGGAAAGUUUGUUUCACAGACUAUACGCGAUGUAUCCGUGCAACUUUUUGUCGUUCCUUCGACAGCACUACAUGCAGCGUGAUUCAUUUGCUACAUUUUCAUACACUGUUAAUCCAAUGUUGGAUUUAGUGCGGAUGCAUCCUCUUCUUGUUACGGCAACCAAAGAAAUCGAGACUUCUGCCAACAGGUGGAAAAAAAUGGAGCAUCACGACGUAGUGGCUGAGUGUGGCCGAUUUGCACUUGACAAAUUUCGGGAGGAUGUGCCAAUAAAUACUGGGUAUCAGCCACCAAUCACACAUCCCAUAAUAGAACCUCCCUCUCACUCUCACGAUCUAAUAGAUGGUGUAAGUAGUCUUGGAUUAAAACCUGUUGGAGAGGAGGGAUUUUGGUCACCAAGCAUGAGUAUACCUCCCAAUAGUCCUCCACCACAUGAAACUCGCUCCACACCUUCAACGCCAAAUAAUAUUAGAAUUGGGGCAUCUCCACCUGAGGCAGCUGUCGAAGCAACACCCGAAACGACUCCAGUUAAGGAUUUGCGGCAACAACCGGCUCGAGCACCUCCUACUAGCUCGGCUGUAGUUCGAGCUUUGGGCUCUUUUGGCAAUGGGCUAUCGAAUGAAUCACGGCCAUCGACUCCUAUCACCGUAAAUCCUUCCACAGCUGGAGUAAUGAGCAGCACACCUGGCACAAUCGACAACAUUUCAAACAAUACUAAUUCACAUGUGGUUCUAUCUCAAAAGAUUAACAAAUUAUUUGCUGAACGACAAACGAGCCAGCUUAGCUACUCGCAGACUUCUGUGUCCCAAGAAUUCGAGCUAAAUAAUAGUAACCUGAGGAGUAUAAGGGACACUGAAGUUUAUUUGGGUCAAAACGGAAGUAGCGAUGAUUGGCAAGAUGAUCAAGAGAAUGAAAAAUUGGCAAAACAGGUCCUUGAGAUCGUUGGAGAUUCACAGAAAAAUAUUGGUUCCAUAGAAGAUAUAAUUAAAGAGACGUCAAAUACUAAUUCAUCUUUUGAAACCGCGAUGGCAAACUUGUCCCAGAAAGUUCAACGUCUUCGUUUUUAUUCGCAAUGCCAAGCACCACUGUCCCACCAAAUUUCACAUUAUUACAACAAGGUGCGCAGAACCACCUCCUGCCCAGAAAUGAACAUUCAGAAUAAUGGAAUUUUGGGAAGUAUUAAACCAUUUUGUGCCGAAGAAAACGACCAUGAAAAAAGUACAGAGGAGGCGAGUACUCAGACACAUGAUUUAGUACCGUACGAACAUCUUCUACUCGGAGUUGUUUCAAGCAGGGUGCAGGAAUCUGAUCUCGCAAACAAAUCGAACACUGAAUCUUGUAUUUCGCCGAAUUUUAUGUUGGAACGUUACAUCCAGGCUUGUGCACGCAUCACCCACAGCAAUCAUAAUAAACAAACCGGAACUGCUAAACACAAGCAGCACCAAAGACAGAAAAAGAAAGGUGCAGAAGAUGAUCCAUCGGUCCAGGCAGUAAGCGAAGAUGGAGUCGAUUAUGUAAUCCAUAUAAAUUUGGACAGUGGGAAUCAGCUGUUGCAGUUGACACAGAUGCAGCUGCAAUUCGAGCGACAGCGUAGGGAAGUUCAUGCUGAACGGAAUCGAAGGCUGCUCGGAAAAUUACGGGACACUCAAGCCCUCGAAGAGCACAACGCUGCACUGAGAGACCGCCUGCGAAUUCUUGAGAAUGAAACCGAGGAUCUUAGAGUCGAGUUAGAACGCACGAAAAAAGAAGCACGUCAGGCAGAGAGAAGACACGCCGAAACACAUAACCAGCUUCAGUUACAGUGCGCAGAAGAGCAGCAACGAUCUCGUGAAUUAAACGAACUCAACGGAGCGUUGAAACUAGAACUGGAAGAGGAAAGGGCGAAAGUAGAUCAAGGAUUACGGGAACUACGUGCAACCGAAGCAGCUCUUUUUGACGCUGCUCAUCAAUUGAAGGGUGCCCUCAAAGCUGCAAAUCAAGGGAAAUUGUUGAAAUGCGCCCUAGAUACAUUGCAAAAGCGGUUCCUGCUUCUUGGCGAGGUACAAUUGAAGCUGCAAGAACAGAUGGUCGGUCCAACACCAAUGGCAAGACAAGAAGCUGCACAAAUUCAGAGAUCGUACUCAGAAGAAUUAUCCAACUUGCGACGCCAACUGGAGUCGCGAAUUUCACUUAUUGAAGCGCUGAGAGCACGACUGAUAGAAUUAGAAGGUGGAGAAGCACAAAGAGAAGCUUUGCUUACAGAACAACAUCAGCUUUUACAAGAAGCAAAGGAGCGACAUGAAGCGGAACUCGAGGCCUUAGAAUCUAAGUACAAAGCACAGCGAGCGAUAAAUCUACAUCUGGAGGAACGUGUUUUAGAGCUGCUUGGUACUUUGGAGGAUAAAUCUUCAACAAAUGCUUGCACGACCAAUACGGUUUCUUCCGCAUCCCCGAAGGAAAGAUCUCCUCCACUAUCCGUCAGCCUUGCCUCCUCUAGCGAGGGCAGUCUCGCCUUUAUGCAGUCAGGCAGUGGAACUGGAUUCAUGAUGAGCGACUGUUGUGAUCCUGCUGGUGAAAUAACAAACCUCCAAGCUAUAGUUGAUCCUGGACCAAGUCCUUCGCAUGAGAGUCAAACACAGCAACAACAGCAACCUCCUGCUUGAAAUGAAAAAUGCCAAGACAUAAACGCCAUCUUUUCUUGACCACGUAAUUUUUACUUUGUUGCGAUGGUAUCAUGGUGCGGUUAAAAUUAAAAGAAUAUCUUUCAUAGCUAUUAACAAUUAAUCAUGAUUCAUGAAUGAAAAGUCAGUGUUGUAUAAUACAAAUAAUUAUUAUUAUCACGUAGACACCAAGAGUUUCUGCUAGACCGCUGAAACGGGAUAACAAGUGAUUACGAAUACUGAUGGAAACACGCUAAUUGUUGAAAUAUUGGCGUACUGCAGUCUCUACAAUUAAUCAGAAGGUUCUUACUGUCGAAUCAAUAUGAAUAAAAAAAAUUGAAAUA